AUGGAAAAAGAGAUCAGAGGGUCAUCCUUUGAACACAUGGCAAAUAUUGAAGGGAUAGAUAUAACAUCCUUAGUGUGGAAAGAUAAUAAAACGGUAACCUUUUUGUCAACAUUGUACGGGAAAUUACCCCAGAGUCAUAUUGAACGAUAUUACCGCAAAACCAAGAAAAGACUAAAUAUAGCUUGUCCCAUGCUUGUCAAACAAUAUAACAAACAUAUGGGAGGGGUUGAUUUAUUAGACAGCAAUAUUGGAAGAUAUCAUAAUACAACCAGAUCUAAAAAGUGGUAUAUAACAGUCUUCCAACACCUUUUUGAUAUGGCAGUUGUAAAUUCCUGGUUAUUAUAUCGACGUAUUUAA